UUAGCUUACUUCAAAAAAAUAUGUCAAAACAACUUGGACAAUUCCUUCAAGAACAACAAGAACCAUUUACCUUACAAAUCUAUCUUCUUGAAAGAGGUCAAUUGAAAAACAAACAUCUUAUUUCGGAUCGCGAUUUUCGAUGUUGUUCUACAAAUUCUAGUACUUAUUUGUUCUUGAAGAGAUCAGCUAGCUGUGGUGCAAAGAAGAGAAGGAAACAGAUUCUUAAUUGUUCAAAGAUUGUGAAAUCUGUGUUUAAUAAACUUGUUACAUUUAGCCAUAAUAAAAAAAUCAAGAAUUUGGCAAAUGAUCAAGAACACAACAAUUCUACAAGCAAAAAUAGUAAUGUUAUUGCAAAUGAUGAGAAAAUUUCUUCAACAAGUAGUAGGACUGUGUUCAAUUCUUGUUAUGAUUCUAGUGAUGCAUAUGACAACUUUCUACAUGAAAAACAGGUUUUUGAAGAGAGAAGAAAGUUAAGGUUGGAAUUUCUUGAAGAAAGUAAGCAACUCAGUCCUGUGUCAGUUCUAGAAGAAACUGAAUCUUCUGAUGAUGAUGAUUCUCCACAUGUUAAAAAACAAGAAUGUGUCAAGGCAAAGAAACAAGAGGAAUUUCCAAGUCAAUCAGUUUCAAAUUCAGAAGAAACAAGCCACGAGUCUCAGUACAUUAAGAACAAGAAAGCAAUACAAGAAUCAAGACAACUCCUUUUUGAUUGUGUUAAAGAAGUGGUGGAAAAUCAAAAAGGGAAAGAAGAAGAAUUUCAAAGAAUUUUAGGAGCUGAGCAACUAUGGGAGAGUCUAUUACAAAAUAUUUGGUUAUGGAGCCAAGAAUCCAUAAAUGAAACUAAUAUCAAACAAUUAAUUCCCAUUUCUAAUGUGUUGAGUUCUUUUGAAGAGUCAAGUGGAGUUGAGGAGAAAAGGGAAAUAGGUAAGGUGGUUGGUGAUUUAAUUUUUGUUGAUAUUAGUAAUGAGAUUGUAUUAGAUAUGUUAAAUUAUUCUUCUUUAAGAUGAAUUU